AAGACCAUUGUAUACCUUUGUGCCAAUGCGCACACAAAGCAAUCGAUGACUCGGUGGCUCGGCGCUUCAGAGGUCGCCGCUCGAACGAAAUCGGUGAUGAAGACGACUCUCCGCUCCGGCACCGGACGAAUUAAUUUUCUUCUCCGAGCAUGGAGGCCUAUAUCGUCACAUACUUCGCCAGUCGACUCUUCGGACAUCAUUUCUGCCGUAUCUCCCAAAACCCUACAAAAAGGUGGCGACAAUGGCAACUUCAAGCAGGACUUUAUGAAGCUCAAGCAACCUCGGAGUAGCGUGACCACCGUACUUCAGAGUGGUAACAGUGAAGCUCAAAGAACCUCAAUCACUAAGCUCCGGCGUGUUGUCAAGAAGCUCUGCAAACCGAAGCGAUUUGAGCGUGCACUAGAGGUACUAAUGUUGAUGGAAACUCAAAAUAAGAUCCGUAUGUCCCCGGCUGAUCAUGCUCUCCGAUUGGAAUUGACCAUCAAAGUGCACGGUUUGCUGAAAGCUGAAGAACACUUCAAUCAAUUGCCCAACAUAGCCUCUCAGAAAGCUUCAUCUCUCCUUCUUCUUCAUGGUUAUGUCAAAGAGAAGAACACAGAGAAAGCUGAGGCUUUCAUGGCAAAGCUAAAGGGCUUGGGACUGGUUGUGGAUCCGCAUCUUUACAAUGAGAUGAUGAAACUGUAUGUCGCCACAUCUCAAAAUGAGAAAGUUCCUCUUGUUAUAAAGGACAUGAAGCAAAAUCACAUACUGAGAAAUGUUCUCUCCUACAAUCUUUGGAUGAAUGCUUGCAGUGAGCUAUAUGGGUUUAGGUCAGUGGAAUUGGUGUAUGAAGAAAUGCUGAGUGAUAAGAAUGUUCAAGUGGGAUGGAGCACUCUAUCUACCCUGGCUAAAGUGUAUACACAGGCAGGCCUUGUUCACAAAGCGUUUGCAGCCUUGAAAGCUGCAGAGAAGAAGCUAUCCUCAGGUAACAGGCUUGGAUAUUUCUUCUUAAUUACAUUAUAUGCCACUUUGAACGACAAGGAGGGAGUUCUUCGAGUUUGGACAGCUAGUAAAGCUGUAAGUGACAGACCCACUUGUGCCAACUACAUGUGUAUAUUGCUAUGUUUGGUGAAGCUAGGAGAUCUCAACGAGGCAGAGAAAAUAUUUAAGGAAUGGGAGCUCGAUUGUCGUAAUUAUGACAUUAGAGUCUCCAAUGUUCUUCUGGGCGCAUAUGUGAGGAAUGGAUUGUUAGAGAAGGCCGAGUCGUUACAUAUGCACACAUUAGAGAGAGGUGGUACUCCGAAUUAUAAGACAUGGGAGAUUCUCAUGGAGGGAUGUGUGAGAAGCCAAAACUUGGACAGAGGUAUUAAUUUUCUCGAGAACAAUUUUGCUGGGUUGAAAUGUCAUGAUUAAAAUCUAUCGUUUUUCUUUUUUGGUCGAUUCAAGUAUAGUUAGGUAGAUAAAGUACGAACUGAAAAAACAUCAUAUAUUUCAUAAGUUUUCAUUAUUCAA